AGAAGAGUCGGCGACUACGAAAAUUAAAAAAGAAAAAUAAUAAAAAAAAAGGAGAAAAGAAUCGCGGAGGCGACGAUGGGGCGAUCUCGGAUCUCGUUCGCAUUCGUAACCCUAACCCUAGCGGUGCUCUUCGCGGUCUCUCUCGCCGACGACGACGUCGUCGUCCUCACCGAGGCCAACUUCGAGACGGAGGUCGGCCAAGAUCGCGGCGCCCUCGUCGAGUUCUACGCCCCAUGGUGUGGACACUGCAAGAAGCUUGCCCCAGAGUAUGAAAAGGUCGGCGCAAGUUUCAAGAAAACUAAAUCUGUCUUGAUUGGAAAGGUGGACUGUGAUGAGCACAAGAGUUUGUGCAGCAAAUAUGGGGUUUCUGGAUACCCAACAAUCCAGUGGUUUCCGAAAGGUUCCUUGGAACCGAAAAAGUAUGAAGGUGCACGAACUGCAGAAGCCCUUGCAGAGUUUGUAAACACUGAAGGAGGGACAAAUGUAAAGUUGGCAGCUGUACCUUCCAGUGUAGUUGUUUUGACACCAGAAAGCUUUGAUCAAGUUGUUCUUGAUGAGAGCAAAGAUGUCCUUGUUGAAUUUUAUGCACCAUGGUGCGGACAUUGCAAGCAUCUUGCCCCGAUAUAUGAGAAGGUGGCCAAUGCUUACAAAUUGGAAGAGGAUGUUGUGGUUGCUAAUGUUGAUGCAGACAAAUACAAGGAUUUGGCCGAAAAGUAUGGAGUUAGUGGCUAUCCUACCCUGAAGUUUUUCCCCAAGGGCAACAAAGCUGGUGAAGAUUAUGAUGGUGGUCGGGAUUUAGACGACUUCGUUAAAUUCCUUAAUGAAAAGUGUGGCACUAGCCGUGACACGAAGGGCCAACUGACUUCUGAAGCCGGAAUUGUUGCAAGCUUAGAUGCUCUGGUGAAGGAAUUCGUCAGUGCCAGUAAUGAUGAGCGCAAGCAAGUCCUCUCUCGCAUCGAAGAGGAGGUUGAUAAACUGACAGGGUCUGCCGCAAGGUAUGGUAAGGUUUAUCUCAAAGCUGCGAAGAGUUGCCUCGACAAAGGCACCGACUACGCGAAGAAUGAAAUCCAGAGGCUUCAACGCAUGCUAGAAAAGUCGAUCAGCUCCUCCAAGGCCGACGAGUUCAUCAUCAAGAAGAACAUCCUGUCGACAUUCGCAGCGUAAUCUCAAUCUCUAGCCGCUAACUUUGAUUACUAGAUGAGAAACAUUCUGAGAAUUAGUGACACCUCAACCAAGUGGAACUGUUACAGGGUUUAAUUAGGGUUCUUACCUCCACACUCUUGCAACUUUCCAAAACCUUUUUCCUGGUAUCGUUUUCGCUUUACAUGAUUAAGUUAUCACGGACACUUUGACUUGGAUUGCGAAGAUUGAUAGAUGCAUUUUGAGAUUAUUUGAGCAUUUAGAUUAUGGGUUAUGUGUUUUGGAGUAAAGUUAAUAAAUAUUAUCCGCUUCCGAUUUGUCGGCA